AUGCCUACGUCUCGUGUGUCCUCUCGCAUACAGUCAGUAAUUCCUCACAAUGAUUCAGUGGGAAUGUUUUCAGUGUACAAAAGUGGAGUAAAUAUUGAUGUUUGUGUUUUCAUGAAGCUCCCCAUCCAGGACUAUACUCCACUCUACUACUACAAUCUGGGGUCCGGACAAAAGCCCCCCCGGACUAAAGGCCCCCUGGACAAAACCACCUCAGUUAAAGUGCAAAAUAGUACCCCGGUUCGAAUCCUUGACGAUGUUGACAAGACUGGUGUUACAGCUGCUUGUGAGGUAGCGGCCCUAACGCCUCCGAGUUGGUCACAUGGCGCGUCGUCUGGUACGCUUGAACCUGAUACUGAACGUAAGCUUGGACCUGAUACUGAACGUAAGCUUGGACCUGAUACUGAACGUAAGCUUGGACCCGAUACUGGUCUUAAGUUUGAACCUGAUACUGAACUUAAGCUUGAACCUGAUACUGAUCAUAAGCUUGAACCUGAUACUGAUCUUAAGCUUGAACUUGAUACUGAUCUUAAGCUUGAACCUGAUACUGAUCUUAAGCUUGAACCUGAUACUGAUCUUAAGCUUGAACUUGAUACUGAUCUUAAGCUUGAACCUGAUACUGAUCUUAAGCUUGAACCUGAUACUGAUCUUAAGCUUGAACCUGAUACUGAUCUUAAGCUUGAACCUGAUACUGAUCUUAAGCUUGAACCUGAUACUGAUCUUAAGCUUGAACCUGAUACUGAUCUUAAGCUUGAACCUGAUACUGAUCUUAAGCUUGAACUUGAUACUGAUCUUAAGCUUGAACCUGAUACUGAUCUUAAGCUUGAACCUGAUACUGAUCUUAAGCUUGAACCUGAUACUGAUCUUAAGCUUGAACCUGAUACUAAUCUUAACUGGCGAUGA